AUGAAUCGCUCGAGGACGUCGUCCUUCUCCACCGAUCGAUCGGCGAGCACGGUGGCGCUCGCGCCGGACGGGGAUUACGAACGAGAACGCGUCUCGGCGCUCGCGUCGUGGCCCGAAUACGCCGUGGAUGCGCUUCGAAGUGAGCAAGACUUUAUCGUCCAUCAAAGCGCGGCGCUCUGGACCCACAGAACGCCGGCGUUGCACGACCCGGACUCUCAAGAGACGCAACUGGACGUCGCGAAAGGGCUUCUCGCGCGCGAGCGUGAAACGCACGGUUCUUUCGUCUUCGACGCGCGUGCGGCGCAUCACUGCGCGUUUCGAUCGCAGUUGGUGGAAUGGAUAUUAGACGUCUGCGCGGGCGAGCGGUUCGGGCCGACGACGGCGGACGUGGCGAUCGCGUACACGGAUCGCGUGCUGUCGAAGACGGUGGUACCAAAGACGUCUUUACAUCUCGUCGCGCUGUGCUGCUUGCAUAUUGCGGUGAAGUAUGAAGAGAUUGAGGAACGAGUGCCAACGAUGAGCAAGCUGAGAUCGUGGACAUCGAACAUGUACUCGCCGGAAAUCAUUCGAAAGAUGGAACUCGCGGUGCUCAUCGAGCUCGGGUGGGACCUCGGGGUGUUGACGCCGGCGCACUUCUUGGAGUCAUUCUUGGCGCUCACGAACGGUGGUAUCUCUGAUGGUGAUGAUAUCGAACACGGUGACGCGUAUAAGGAGCGAUACCGCGAGGAACUACGAUACUUUGUGUGCCAGUUGUACUCACUGUGCGUGCAGGACACGAGCCUGUUGAACCAGCCGCCGUCACAAAUCGCCUCAGCCGUCAUCGCCACCGCUCGAGUGCACCUCGGGGUGAAACCGAUGUGCUCCCCCGAGCUGCGCGCGGCCGGAAACGUUACGCCGCAGCAAAUUUAUCCGUUGGUGGCGCACAUGCUCAAGCUUUGGGACGAAGCUUGCGCAGAAGACGAGGCGAUGGAUGAGGUUGAGACCUCAGCCGAGUUCAACUCGUUGACGAUCCAGGUUCCGAAACCGAUCGGGCAUGACAUCGUUAGUAAGAUGGGCUAUGAGCAUCGUGUCACUGAGAACGCGUCGCCCACGUGUCCUUUUGACAUGCAGUGGGAUGAGGAGUGA